GGCGGCAGCGGCAGCUCGGGGCGGGGAGGGGGCGGCCGGAGGAUGCGGCGCGGGGCUGCGCUCGCUACGCCUGCUGCUGCUGCCCGGCUCGGGCCUGCGCGCCGAGCAGGAUCCCAAGUGAUGGUGAUUUACGCGGAGGAUGACGAGCUGAGCCCUGCGCUACUGGUUAGCUCGGCGGAGUUGGCAGCGGCACCUGCUGGCUGGCGGGCGUGAACGUGGGAUCUCCGUCUCAACCCGAGAGGAAGCAUGUCUAAGAAAGGCCGGAGCAAGGGCGAGAAGCCCGAGAUGGAGACGGACGCAGUGCAAAUGGCCAAUGAGGAGCUGCGGGCCAAGUUGACCAGCAUUCAGAUCGAGUUCCAGCAGGAAAAGAGCAAGGUGGGCAAACUGCGAGAGCGGCUACAGGAGGCCAAGCUGGAGCGCGAGCAGGAGCAGCGGCGGCACACGGCCUAUAUCUCGGAGCUGCGGGCCAAGCUGCACGAGGAGAAGACCAAGGAGCUGCAGGCGCUGCGCGAGGUGCUCAUCCGGCAGCAUGAGCAGGAGGCUGCGCGCACGGCCAAGAUCAAGGAGGGCGAGCUGCAGCGCCUGCAGGCCACGCUGAAUGUGCUGCGGGAUGGCGCAGCUGACAAGGUCAAGACGGCACUGCUGGCCGAGGCGCGCGACGAGGCGCGCAGGGCCUUUGAUGGCGAGCGCCUGCGGCUGCAGCAGGAGAUCCUGGAGCUCAAGGCAGCGCGCAAGCAGGCUGAGGAGGCGCUCAGCAACUGCAUGCAGGCCGACAAGACUAAGGCGGCCGACCUGCGCGCCGCCUACCAGGCACACCAGGACGAGGUGCACCGCAUCAAACGCGAGUGUGAGCGCGACAUCCGCAGGCUGAUGGAUGAGAUCAAAGGGAAAGAUCGUGUGAUUCUGGCCUUGGAGAAGGAACUUGGCGUGCAGACUGGUCAGACCCAGAAGCUGCUUCUUCAGAAAGAGGCCUUGGAUGAGCAGCUGGUUCAGGUCAAAGAGGCUGAGCGGUACCACAGUAGUCCAAAGAGAGAGCUCCCACCUGGCAUAGGGGACAUGGCAGAGCUCAUGGGUGUCCAGGAUCAACAUAUGGACGAGCGAGAUGUGCGGCGAUUUCAACUAAAAAUUGCUGAACUGAAUUCGGUGAUACGGAAGCUGGAAGACAGAAAUACCCUCUUGGCAGAUGAGAGGAAUGAACUGCUGAAACGCUCCCGUGAGACAGAGGUCCAGCUGAAGCCCCUUGUGGAGAAGAACAAGCGUAUGAACAAGAAGAAUGAAGAUUUGCUGCAGAGCAUCCAGAGGAUGGAGGAGAAAAUCAAGAAUCUAACGAGGGAGAAUGUGGAAAUGAAAGAGAAGCUCUCGGCCCAGGCGUCUCUGAAGCGGCACACUUCCUUGAACGACCUCAGCCUGACAAGGGACGAGCAGGAGAUCGAGUUCCUGCGGCUGCAAGUGCUGGAGCAGCAGCAUGUCAUCGACGAUCUCUCACUGGAGAGAGAACGGCUCUUGCGCUCCAAGAGACAUCGUGGGAAAAGCCUGAAGCCGCCUAAGAAGCAUGUUGUGGAGACAUUUUUUGGAUUUGACGAGGAGUCUGUGGAUUCGGAAACAUUGUCAGAGACGUCUUGCAACACAGACAGGACGGACAGGGCCCCAGUCACGCCUGAGGAAGACUUGGAUGACACCACAACCAGAGAAGAGGCCGACCUGCGGUUCUGCCAGCUGACCAGGGAGUACCAGGCCCUGCAGCGAGCCUAUGCCCUGCUGCAGGAGCAGGUCGGGGGCACGCUGGAUGCUGAGAGGGAGGCCCGGACUCGGGAACAGCUACAAGCUGAUCUGCUGAGGUGUCAGGCCAAAAUUGAAGAUUUGGAGAAGUUACUGGUUGAGAAGGGACAGGAUUCCAAGUGGGUGGAGGAGAAGCAGCUGCUCAUCAGAACAAACCAAGACUUGCUGGAAAAGAUUUACAGGCUGGAAAUGGAAGAGAACCAGCUGAAGAACGACAUGCAAGACGCAAAGGAUCAGAACGAGCUGUUAGAAUUCAGAGUGCUAGAACUCGAAGAGAGAGAGCGGAGGUCGCCAGCAUUUAACCUCCAAAUCACCACCUUCCCCGAGAACAACAGCAGCGCUCUCCAGCUGUUCUGUCACCAGGAAGGAGUGAAGGAUGUGAAUAUUUCUGAACUUAUGAAGAAAUUAGAUAUCCUUGGCGAUAACGGGAAUUUGAGAAAUGAAGAACAGGUUGCAAUAAUCCAAGCCGGAACUGUACUUGCCCUGUGUGAAAAGUGGCUGAAGCAGAUAGAGGGAACCGAGGCAGCCCUGACCCAGAAGAUGCUGGACCUAGAGAUGGAAAAGGACCUGUUCAGCAGGCAGAAGGGCUACCUGGAGGAGGAGCUGGAUUACAGGAAGCAGGCCCUCGACCAGGCCUACCUGAGAAUCCAGGAGCUGGAGGCCACGCUGUACAACGCGCUGCAGCAGGAGCCGGGGCGGAGGGCCAGCGAGGCGCUGAGCGAGGGCCAGCGGGAGGACCUGCAGGCCGCCGUGGAGAAGGUGCGCAGGCAGAUCCUGAGGCAGAGCCGGGAGUUCGACAGCCAGAUCCUGCGGGAGCGCAUGGAGCUGCUGCAGCAGGCCCAGCAGAGAAUCCGAGAACUGGAGGAUAAGCUGGAGGUCCAGAGACGGCACCUGAAGGAGCUGGAGGAAAAGUUUUUGUUCCUUUUUUUGUUUUUCUCACUAGCAUUCAUUCUGUGGCCUUGA